AUGGAAAAGCUUUGCUUCAUCAUUCUUUCAAUAUUCACUCUAUGCUCUGUUGCUCCUGUUGCUGCUACAGCUAGAAUGUUAUAUGUCAAUGAUACGGGGAUACCAGUAACCCAGGUAUACAAGUAUGCUUGUCAUCCACAAAGAUUUAAAGACCUUGGCUUGAAUAUCGAGCAUUUCACCUACUGUGAUAAAUCACUUUCUUAUGAAGUAAGGGCGAAAGACAUCAUAGAUAGGUUGUCAUUGGAGGAGAAAGUGGAGCAGCUUGGUAAUAGAGCUUCUGGAGUCCCCCGAAUUGGGCUACCGGCCUACGAUUGGUGGUCCGAGGCAUUGCAUGGUGUCUCCGACGUUGGCACCAAUACAACCUUCUUCAAUGACAAUAUCCCUGGUGCAACGAGUUUCCCCACCCCGAUUACCUUGGCUGCAUCUUUCAACAAGUCGCUUUGGAAAGCUGUUGGCCAGGCUGUCUCUACGGAAGCAAGAGCCAUGAACAAUUUUGGUCAGUCUGGGAAAUCAUUCUGGAGUCCAAAUAUCAAUGUUGUGAGGGAUCCUCGUUGGGGAAGAGCUUUGGAGACACCUGGGGAAGAUCCUUUUGUGGUUGGGACAUAUGCCUCCAACUACGUGAGAGGAUUGCAAGAUGUUGAGGGCACUGAAAACACUACAGAUUUGAAUUCUAGACCCCUCAAAGUUGCAUCGUGCUGUAAACACUACGCAGCAUAUGAUGUUGACAAUUGGUAUGGAGUUGUACGUGAAACAUUUGAUGCAGAGGUGAGAGAGCAGGAUAUGAUUGAAACGUUUGUGAGGCCAUUUGAAAUGUGUGUUAAAGACGGCGAUGUUUCUAGUGUUAUGUGCUCUUACAAUCGAAUCAAUGGCAUUCCUGCUUGUGCAGAUCACAGACUUCUACAUGACACCAUUAGAGGAGAGUGGGAUCUUCAUGGGUAUAUUGUUUCCGAUUGUGAUUCUAUCGAUGUAAUGGUCAACAGGCACCAUUUUCUCAAUGAUGCGCCAGAGGACGCCAUGGCUCAAGUUCUAAAAGCUGGUUUGGAUUUGGAUUGUGGAGAAUAUUAUACCAAGUAUGGUGCCAAUGCAGUAAACCAAGGAAAAGUUAGGGAAGCAGACAUAGACAAAGUCUUGAAAAACCUCUACAUCGUCCUUUUCAGGCUUGGACACUUUGAUGGCAGUCCACAGUUUGAAAAGCUGGGCAAGGAUGACAUUUGCUCUCAAAGCCACAUUGAUUUAGCCAUUGAAGCUGCCAGCGAAGGAGUGGUUCUACUCAAGAAUGAUAACAAUACUUUGCCAUUGGAUGCUCAGAAAGUUAAAAAAGUUGCCGUGGUUGGGCCACACGCCAACGCCACUAAAGUUAUGAUUGGCAAUUAUGCUGGUAUACCAUGCAAAUAUACCACCCCACUGGAUGCAUUCAGACAAGCUUAUGGGAAUGAUAAUGUGUACUAUGCACCAGGCUGUCCAGAUGUUGCUUGUAGAGAUUAUAGUUUGGUUUUCCCAGCAGUCCAAGCAUCUAAAAAAGCGGAUGCUGUCAUCAUUGUUGCUGGAAUAGAUACCUCAGUUGAGGCUGAGAGCCUUGAUAGGGAAAAUCUUCUACUACCUGGUUAUCAAUAUGAAUUAAUAGAUCAAAUUUCAAGGCAAUCCACCACUCCUAUUAUUCUGGUAAUCCUAUCUGCCGGUGGUGUUGACAUUUCUAUCUCCAAAAAUAAUUUAAGAGUUAGUGCCAUCCUUUGGGCUGGAUAUCCUGGAGAAAAAGGUGGCCAGGGCAUUGCAGAUGUUAUACUUGGGAAAUACAAUGCUGCUGGAAGAUUGCCCCUUACAUGGUUUGAGAACGAUUAUGUCAACCAGAUACCAAUGACAUCAAUGCCAUUGAGGCCAGUAAAGGAAUUGAAUUAUCCGGGUAGAACCUACAAGUUUUACAGUGGCUCAACUGUGUAUCCAUUCGGGCAUGGGCUGAGUUAUACCACAUUUAAGCAUUCCGUGGUAACAACAACGAGAUCAUUGUCCAUCAAGCUGAACAAGUUUCAAUUUUGCCGUGACCUCAAUUACACUGAUGGUGCUAAAGCGCCUGCAUGCCCCGGAGUUUUGAUUGAUGAUAUCAACUCUGACAAUCUAAAUAUUGAGUUUGAGGUUAAGGUAGCAAAUGUUGGGGAAAGGGAUAGUAGUGAGUCCCUCUUGAUCUAUUGGGUUCCUCCGCAAGCCAUUGUUGAUGCUCCCAUCAAACAGUUGGUUGCAUUCGAGAAAGUUUUUGUACCUGCCGGAGAAAGCGUAAAGGCUAAAUUCAACUUGAACGCCGGCAAGAAUUUGGGACUGAUAGAUUACAAAGGUUAUAAUAUUUUGGCUUCUGGAGAGCAUACCAUUGUGAUUGGAGAGAACGAUGCUUCAUUCCCUCUUCACAUCGAGAUCGAAGAAUAUGUGUUCAACCAGGAGGAUUAG